CGUCCAUUCCAGCGACUGUGUCACUGGGACUGCGAUUUCGCAUCUCAUUCUUCCUCCCUUACCCUCUUCGACCAUCGACAUCGCCCUCAUGUCGGACUCGGAGAGCGCAGAUUACCUUCAGCCGGACUUCGAUCCGUGGUCUCUGACCGUCCCGCGCCUGCGCUCUAUUCUCGUCACCCACAAUGUCCAUUAUCCGUCCCAAGCCAAGAAGCCCCAGCUCAUCGACCUCUUCAACGAGCAUGUUCAGCCUCAAUCAAAACAAAUCUUGGCCUCCCGCGCCCGGGCGAAGCGCACAACGAGAGGCAUCGUGGACGCCGAUUCCCACAGCACCACGAGCACUGACCUGCACGACGAGGAACUGCCCCCCCCGCCCUCAACAAGACGGUCUCGCUCGCCCAGGAAGACAACCAGGAUCAAGCGCGAAUCUGAAGAGCCCGAAUACGGUCUAGCAACGCCGGUGCCGCCCAGAGAAAGCCCCCGCAAGAGGCAAUCACGAUCGGCGAGCGCUCAACCGCCGCCCGCAUCCGACACCGACAUGGCCCCGGAUCACGCCGAGCCGCCUCGGUCUGUUCGAUCCACCCGUCGCAUGACUCCGGCGCCCAAGCUUGAGCCGCCGGAGGAAGAGGAUUUCUUCAAGCGGACUCCCGAGACCGCCAGCGUCUUCACCAACGACAACCCCUUCCAGAGCGGGGCCAAUUCCCCCGCCUCGCCUCUGAAGACACCGACCGAUCGGCGCAAGACGAGCGGCCUGGAAUCGGUGCUGAGACAAGCGCAGUCCACCACUCGUCGGCAAACGGAUGGAUAUGCCGUCGCCGACGCCAAAGAGCCUUCCACGACUGUUUCUCGAGACAUCGAGGUCCCCGUCAGCCAGGUCGCUCGGCAGCAAACACAAGAGAUCGAGUCCGACGAGGAAUUCACGCCGGAUGAGCAGCUGGCGCUCACACAGGAAGAGGCCGCUAACCCAGAGGUGGCCAUCGCGCGGAGGACUCCGCCGCCUUCCAAGCGCGGCUCGAGCCUGUCGACCCCCAUAUGGGUCCUCGUGACGACACUCCUCGUUGCCUACGCCGCUUGGUACAGGCAGGAGAAGAUUGCGGUGGGAUACUGUGGGCUUGGCAGGGAGCCAACCCAGCUCGUCCCGGCCAACAUUCAGCUUCCCGACUGGGCUGUGGAACUGGGUUCCAAGUUCGACAUCCAUGACAUGCAGAACAUCCAAGUCCCCGACUGGCUCACUGGAGUUCUGGAGCCACAAUGCGAACCCUGCCCCCCGCACGCGUACUGCUACGAGGACUUCACGGCGCGUUGUGAGCCCGACUUCAUCCUGAAGCCGCACCCGCUCUCUCUCGGUGGUCUUGUCCCGUUGCCUCCUACGUGCGAGCCGGACGGCGAAAAGGCCCGGCGUGUUCAGGCCGUCGCCGACAAGGCAGUCGAGGAACUACGUGACCGGAGGGCCAAAUAUGAGUGUGGUGAGCCCCUCGAGCCCGAGGGUGAACCUCUGGAGAGCCCCGCCAUCGAGGAGCAGGAGCUGAAGGAGAUCCUCAACAAGAAGCGAAGCAAGAGGAUGGCUGCCGAAGAGUUUGACGAGCUUUGGUCCGCGGCCAUUGGAGAAAUCAAGGCGAGAGACGAGGUGGAAGUUCAGCAGGAGGAAACUCAGACCCCGGAAACCGGAGGUGCCUCCGCCUUUCCAACCACCAAAAUAUCGUCCACCUCUCUCGCUAGCCUUUCGUACUCCUGUGCGCUCCGGCGGUCGGUCAAGCUUGGAGUGGCGCGACAUCGACUCAGCAUUGGUGGACUGAUCCUCUCGCUGCUCUCCAUCCUCUACGGUCGCCGCCGCUUCUUGCACAACCGCGCUCUGGCGGCGCAGGUCCCCGGUCUGGUCGACGAGGUCCUCGAGCGCCUCGCAAACCAAAAAGAAGUCGCCUUUGAGGGAGGCGACGAGGACGCUUUCCUUUUCCUGCCCAACCUGCGUGAUGAUGUCCUCCGCUCAAUGCACAACCUCUCGGACCGGGAGCGCCUCUGGCAGCGCGUGCGCGCCGUUGUGGAGCAGAACAGCAACGUUCGCACCGGCCAGCGCGAGGGCCGCAAUGGCGAGGUGGGCAGGGCCUGGGAGUGGAUAGGACCCAGCAGGCUCGGCGCCGGCGAUGGUGCAGCGUCCCGCCGGCGCAAGAGCGCACGCGUAUCAUGGGACUCGGAAGUUAAGGGGCAGAUUGACGACAGCUCAGCACCCCACGGGUUGGAGCGAAAGGCUAUCCACCGGGAGUGGGAAGAGAGCCGCCCUAUCUACUGAUUAUGGCCGUGAUUUUGGCAACGCCAUUGUUUUCUCUCACUACCCUUGUUUUUUUUUGCUGUGCCUUUUCUCAUGUAUCUACUUGGCUUCGUCCGCCUGGGUUGUAGUUGUUAUUUCUUUCGAGUACCCCUCCUCCCUCGACGGAUCUGGCAGGGGUGAAGCGGUUGGUGGGAUGUGCCUGCGGCACGUUCGGUAUACUUGGCUUCUUGACUGCCUUUUUAUUUUCCUAUCUCAAGGUUGCUUGUGUUUUGGUCUACGGAUUUCGUUCGGGAUGGCGUUUGGGGAGGGCGGGUCGGCCGUCGUG